AUGUCAGAGUCUAAGCCUAAAGUUCUGUUGUUUGACAUCGGGGGUGUUUGUGUCGUUUCCCCUUUCCAAGCAAUCCUCGAUUAUGAGUUAAGCCUUGGGAUCCCUCCAGGGUGGGUCAACUAUUCAAUAUCCAGCACUGCGCCCAAUGGCUUCUGGCAUCGUUUGGAAAAAGGAGAAAUCGAAAUGAAUGAAGAGUUCUUCAAGGGCUUCAGCCGAGACCUCCAUGAUCCCAUCAGAUGGGAGGCCUUCUACAGGCGGGAGCAAAACAAAAAUCCCAGUCUCCCAAAGGAAACCCCUCCUGUUCCCUCGAUCGAUGGAGAAUGGCUUUUCAACGAGAUGAUGACCGUGUCUAAUAACCCCGACCCAUGGAUGUUCCCAGCAUUGAGAAAGCUGAAGGAGGACGGGCGAUUCAUUCUCGCCGCUCUGAGUAAUACGGUCAUCUUUCCGCCUGGACACAAACUCCAGGUGGACCAUUUCUUUGACGAGCCUGUGCGGCAGAUAUUUGAUAUCUUCAUUUCUUCCGCUCAUGUUGGAAUGCGAAAGCCAGAUCCGGCCAUUUAUAAGCUGGCUCUCGACCGAGUGAACGAAUUCGCGAAAGCCAAUGCUUAUUCACCUCGGGGGAAAAGCUUGAACUGGAAGGUCGGUAUCAAGGCAGAGGAUGUGAUUUUUCUCGAUGAUAUCGGGGAGAAUUUGAAGGAAGCACGCAAACAAGGACUGCAAACAGUAAAAGUGAACCUUGGUCGAGCAUUCGAGGCCGUUGAUGAGCUGGAGAGAGUGACUGGGCUGAAGCUCGCUGGUGAUCAUCCAAGGAUAUCCAUUGAACGAAAGGUUCAGAAAGUCAAGGCAAAAAUGUGA